GCCCUUUGUUUUUCGCUCUGUCUUUUGAUAAACUGGGAGUCUGAGGCUGCUCUCGCUGUCCCUAAGCACGCUACACGUUCCCUGGGAGAGCCUGCGUAUUCAUGCUGGCCCUCUGCAUCUUUCGCAUGUGCGGACGCGGCUUGGUCGACCAGGGAGGAACUCGGCGUUUUUCAUAUCUGAAACUGCGAAAGUCGGGGACGUUCGCUCUAGAACUACUCUUCUUUUCCCUUUUUUCUUAGUGCUUCUCGCACGACGAGGAUCGGCUCUGUUCAGCGCGUUUCCUCCCUUCUCUGUUGUUUCUACACCAUCGCUGGGCUUCUGCCGAAGCAGCACACCGCGACGCUGACGGAGUAGCCACCAGGAGAACUUGGGAACUGGAUGUUUCUUUCCUCUAAAAAAGCAGUCAUUUUUGAUAGAAAAGACUCGAGGCGAUUCAGAUGGCCAAAUAACCAAAGCGAACCCGGUUUCGUGAUCAUCUUCUGCACACACACGCACACACAAACGCGAACGUCGUCCAUUCCCGUGGGCUUCCGCGCCCUCCGGUUGCCGGACCGUCCUCUCCUAUGUGAAGCCGGCCGCACGUGAUGUCGUGAAUCGCGAGCUUUUCUGCCGGUUGUUCAGGUGCAACAUGCAUGCUCUCCCCUCUUCGUCUCAUUCGCCGGUUGUCUAGCUUUUUCACUUCCGGUGCUUCCGUCCUCACCCCGCUUCCGUCGACCCCUGCCUGUUGUCACCAAGUCGCAGUUCGCAGGAAGCCCAGCCCUGCGUUCUCCCGUGACUUCUUCUAUCUCCACGUCUUGAAAACGGUCGAUGUGCAGCAACUGCAGGACCUUGGGAUAUGGAAAUCCACCCCUUUUAUUACCUGCUUUGUACCAGUCUUUAGCUGUCCAUUUGGAAGGACACGAGUCCUGUAAAGAACCUGGGCGCUAAACAGUUUUCUUUCGCCUCUUCAUCACUCAGGGCAAGAUGUUUUCUGCACUCUCGAAUGUGAAGGCUAGGGCUGCGCUCUCGCGUUCUUCCGCGGCUGCGGCUGAGGGCGCGAAGUCGGCGCCGCCGCCUCUCAGCUCGAGCUCCGCUGCGGAUUUGUUGAGCCUGUCCUCCACUCUCUCCGGCUCGCUCCAGGCAAGGAAAGAGUGCAGUUCUCCCCCCGUUCCUCACAGCGGAGUAGAGGCGAUUUUUCUCUUCAGUCCGACGCUGGAGCCUCCGCGAAAGGCCGCUCCUGCACCAGGCUGCAGAGCGACACCCCCGAGCUCCCAGAGCGUUUCUCGCAGACACACGGAAGAAGACGGCGGCGAGGACGAGGACUCCGACGACGAGUUUUCAUUUGCACAGGGAGAAGUUGAAGCCCGACACGAAAGCGAAGAAGAGGAGGAACUGGGCGCCGAAGAACGAGCUCAGGAAGCGAAAAUCGUCUUCUACUUUCCUGCAUCGCGUCCCGCAGAGGAGAAACGCAGUCACGUCGGCCUCAUCGAGGGACUCACGAUCUUCACACAGCAAUUCAGUGGAGACGCCGGCCCUCUUCGUUCAAUCUACACAGAUGCUCACGUCGUCGUCACCAAAGAAGUGGAGCCUGACUACUGGCUGACACUUGUCUUCAACGCAUGCGAACUUGGAGGACCCGCCUCCACCAGCGAAGGAGUGAAGGGAGGCGUCGACGCGAAGGCGAACAGACUCGCUGACUUUGGCGGUCUCGACGAAGACAACCAAGAAAUCAUUCUUAUGGGCAUUCUAGACAAGUUCUACCAGUACUUUCGGCUGCUUCACGGGAGAUUCGCUCUGUUUGUCGAGCGCGGGAACCGACAGCAUUUGAGUGACCUCGUGGAGGACUACUGCCCCGCGUUUCUGGACACCAUUGAUCCUCAGAACCUCUCGCUCUUCCACAGGGUGGACGGCUUCCACUUCGGCCCGCUAGACCGACUCCCGUACCUCCAUCUUCCUUCCUUUGUCUCCGUUCUGCAAAACAAGUUCCCGUGCAUUCUUCACGCUGCCCUGCUGUUGAAUGGAUGUCUUCUCUUCAGCAACGUCUCCUCGGGUCCUAACGACUUCGCGCCGUCGAGUUCCGCCCUCUCGGGUCGAGACGCCGGUUCUCCUCGACACGGAAACAGUUUCACUCCCCCUAAAGGAACAGUGGAAGGCUCUCCUCCAGCGGACGCUGCUGCUUCCUCUGCCGAAUCCGCGAGGCGCGUUUCCAAGGUCCGUGCAGGUGUGCAUGCAGAGGCAUCGGAGAACAGCGAGGCUCUUCAGGAGUCUCUCGACAGUUCGGAGGCCCCGCAUGCCGAGAGGGAGAGGAACGAGAAGGCGACACUGGAGAGGGGAAGGCAGUGGCAAAGAAAGGACGACUUCAGCGACGGCUACGAUGUAAUGCGAGUGCUCUACAGCUACUUAGUUCAUGCCCAAGGCUGCGCCGCCGUCGACCCGGGCAAGCUGCGGAAACCUCCGUACGCAAGAGUGAACACUGCAGCCGCGAGGCCGGGGGGCGGCUGCUCCUCUUUUGGACGCGCUAUCCGCGAAGUGGGAAGCUCAGAUUCGUUUGAAGACACUCCGUCGGAUGCGUUUCUCUUCGGGCCUACAGGAGCGUCAGUCUUCCUCCCGGUCAUCCACUUGCCAGACGACAGCACAGGAAGCCUCGUGGUGAUAAAUCAUAAACAACUGCAGCUUGUUCUCGUCCUCAGCGAUGCAGCUCAUCAACUCGUCAAUGACGCUUCGUUUUUGCAGCAUGUGCGUUCGUUCGCGCUGGAGGCCGGUUUGGGAGAGCUUCAGCAAGCGUUUAGUGUCGCGUUUGACGACAUCAUGAAGCAAGAAGACGCCUAUCGCUUCAUCUAUUUCAACCACGUUAACCGCGCCGUCCGCAUCUCGAACAAACGGUGCCCGCCUAAUGCGCCGUCUCCACCGUCGUUUCCCGGUUGCGCUCUUUCAAAGCUCGAAGUUCGUCGGAUGGGCCAGUUACACAGGCACUUGCGUGCAGCAGUUGGGGAGGAAGAAGACUUCCACUUCGGUUUCCCCGAGGCCUGCUCGGAGGAAUCUUUGCUCGUGUGCGGAAGGUCCUCGAGAGUGGACAGCCACGCUGAAGGCUGCAGAUGCGGGGAAAGUCGGAAGUCGUCGGAAGGUAGGGAGGAAGUGCAGUCAAAGAAGGACGGACUCCCUCCCGGGGAAGAGGCCGAGGGCUUCGCGGACGAAAAGGCGUUGCACGCAGAGGAACGAAGCGCGAGUUCGAGCGAGGAAGCGCGUUUACAUCGGGCAGGCUCCGACGGAAGGGGAUUGGGCGGAGACGUGUACCGAAGAUCGAAGCCAGAAAAGACGCAGGUGAAGCCUGUGCCUGUGAAACUCAUUGCUGUGAAAGAUGCUCUCUCCGGCUGGCUCAUCGGAAGCGCCUCGAUGGACAGAGAGUUCUACGUCGCUCUCGACGAUCCACGGACGACGCUGUCACGAGCCGUGGAAGACGCCAGCAGAUUCGGAUACAUGCACUUUGCAAACAUCUUUGUCUGAGCCCCGGAGCUCGUCUUUCUUGUAAAACUGCAGCGGAGCGCAUGCUGCAAUCCGGGCGAAAACACACACACACACACACGUACCUCCGUGUAAAAUUGACUGGUGCCAUUUGUACGAAAAACAGGGGUUUGCGGUCAGGAACUUUGCCGCGACAGGUCUCCUCACAUGCGAGGUUUCUGUGCGUUUCGAAAAAGAAUCGUCGCUGAUGAACUUGCGAUCUUUUAGCGAAACUGCGACGUGCCACCUUAUGGUGUGCCGAUUCAAUGGAACUUUGUUAAGAAAUGGUUGACAGCGC